AUGGCUUCCUCUUCCAACGUUGCUCACAAUUAUCUUAUGGACGAACCAGCACUGUUCGACUCCUUCAUAUAUGAUGCUAUCGGCCUCAUGCCCUUGUCGGGCAGCUUCGUUGACGCGGAUGAUAUCGACUUCAUCGGGUAUCUGGCUUUGGGACUGGGGCCGACGUUGUACCCUCUAUAUUGUCGCAUGAUGCUGCAUGACAAUCUGAGAACAGAGAUCUCUCUGUAUGGUUACGUGUCGACAUCAAUCGUUCAUCGUUCAGCCUUCGAAACCGAACAAAGUAAGGAAGUUCCUGUGUAUGUUAAUUUCCUUCAACCUGUGAUUGAACACUUGAAUCUCCCUCCCAAGUCUACCAGGAUAGGCCCCGAUAACCGGUUCUACGUUGUAUAUGACUUAAUUGGUGCUUUCAACUCCACCACUAUCGUUCAUCUUGCGCGUCAUCCCAUUGGCUAUUACCCUUGGUCCGACUUCACGACCUUUGCGGCCACGCACGAUGCACAUGCCAGUGGUAGUUCUGCGAUCAUCCCUUCUUCCUCCACUAUGGUGUCGAGCGACAUAACCCAGGCUCAUAGUUCAAAUGAGGCCUUCAUGACAGAUGCACACGAUGACCAGCAUUUGAUAAAUGGAGGUCUAACCAGCAUCCAUAUGUCUCAAACAGCCGUGUCAUCCCCGUCGACCUUCUAUUCCUGGAUUACAUACUCGGCUAACGUGAUGGACAACGCUACCACCAGCGCCCCUAAAUCCCAGACAGACCGCAAAUCAACUCGCAACGCUUCCGCCCGCCGAAAGGCGAAAAAAAAGGAAAAGGGAAAGGAGAAGGAGAAGGCAAAAGCUAAACCCGAAGGGGGCCUCAAAGCGGUUAUCGAAAAAGCCGAGAACUGGAAAGUUGCUCUCGCCUACCUCCGGGUCCUGUUACGAGUAGCAGUCUGCCUCGGCGAAAUUGACAAUCCCUUCGUACUCAAUUCCCAACGGAGGGGGGAUGCUAUUCACAAUGCCUGGCCCCAGGCUCUCCUUCGGGCUAACGUCAGUGUUCACGAAUUGGAAGAAGUCAAGUCACUUGACAGUAAGACUGUUAUGUCUCAUGAAGACGUGUUGGCACUCGCCAACCCUUUGCUGUCAGAGUUUAUGUACGAUGCCAGACGCUUAGCGUUUGGCUCGCUCGGCCACUCUCACGGAGGUUUCAAUCUCGAUGACUUAGGCGCGGGUAUUUUGUUGAUCGAUGUGAUCCAUGGUCUGCUCCAGCAAUUCAUCAGACCAAAAUCAAAUGCCUUGCCGAUCAGACUUAACGGUUUUGCUUGGUUCCUGUGCCAGCAAAUUGCCAAAGAAAUUAUGUGGCACAUUGUUUUCCGUACCAGUACAACACACGGUAUUCCACUCGUGUUGGCCGAUCUGAAUCCGGCAGAUUUCAGGAACGCCCCUCACCCUCCCUGCCCAACUAUGUCUCUGUUGGGGUCUUGUUGUUACAGCGCCCUUCUGGAGAAAUACUCGACCUUAACCAACAUACCUGUCGAGUUACUUCUACAGUAUCCAACCCCGAUUCUUGUGUACAACCAGCUUUGCGAGACGGCUGUUGACCUCAUUGCGGAGCACAACGACGAGGGUCAUCCAACACUCAUGGCCAGCUUGUCCGAUUUAUGCAGCAUUAAUGCUGAUGACGUCUAUCGACUUGGCCGAGCGAGUAACAGUUAA